UUGUCACGUUUACAUAAGCACCAUCGUUUGUGAAUCAAUUGGUUGGAAAAGUAGGAUAUAUCGCACCACAAUCGCGCUUCGAGGUAGCACCCUAGUUUCGUGGAGGUAGAAGUUCUACAGGCGCGAGAAGAUCUACUUGGCAUCAUGGCUUUGGAGUGCGAAAUUAAGUGUGGAUCUCAGAAAGCUUUGAGCGAGAUGAGUACCAGCUUUUUUUAUUUUGCUCACCCUAGGCCCAGACUCUCCAAUGACCUUAUCUCUUACUCCCAACUCAAUUACAGUUUCAAAUCUGGGGAUCGAUCGAAUUCUCGAACGUUGGAAAAAUGUGGCAUCCGUCAUAUCAAAGGGACCAGCGUCACGCUCGAUGCAUUCACAAUGAUGAUCUCUCUCCAGUAUUCACAAUCUCGAGCCUCUACCUUCCCACUUAGGCGGGACACUAGGGUCGUUCCCAUUUCGGGAGGGAAGGUGAGGGUUAAAGGGAGUGUGUUGAAGAGGUUCGACGGGCGUGGGGACGUGUCCUUUGUGAGUGUGUGUGUGCGUGUGUGCUGGAUGAACGCUGAAGAUAGGGAAGAAGUGAAUUAUAGGAAUUAUAGGCAACUUGUUGUAGGUGCGAGUGGGAGUGAGGACGGGACGACUUAGGCGAUUGUAUAUGGAUUGGAGAACAGAGACAGACAUACAACGAAUCGAGUGUGAUAAUGAUCUGAUCUCUAUUCUCCGAGGAUCGC